GUAAACGCGUCGGGACGCGUGCACGCACGUACUUAAGGAGGAGAGAGAGAGGGGUGUAGAGGAGAAGCCGCUCUAUGUGCCAGUGAAAUUUGAAUAAUUUUCCUUCGAUCGUCAAUUCCCGGCAUGCGCGACCGAAUAACAUAGAUUCACAGGGGGCAAAUUAAAUAAAAGGGGCGGGCCACUCCUCUGCCAGUCGCAGUUCGAUCGGCGAUCGCUCGCUCGCACUCAUACGGGUGGACGAUCGAUCGUUUCGCGUUUUGUUCGAGAAACAAAGUGUAGAAGUUGUGCAGCGAAGACCACUUUGGGAUAACUAAUUCCAGGGAUAAUCAAAGGAUCAACAUGAGGAUUUUCGUAGCGACAGUAGCAGUUGUGUUGAUGGCAGGAAGCUGCCUGGCCAGUCAAGAUUUCCUCUCCAAGUCUCUCAACGAGUGCAUCGCCGCGGACUCUUGGAUGUCUUGCUUGAAGCAAGAGGUGCUUGGAUAUUUAGAUGGAAAACUCGGGACUAGCACGGAAGCUAGGUCGUUGGAUACAGUGGACGAAGCUAUCGUUGCGAGGACUUUCAAGUACCUGAAGAGCUUUGACUAUGGAAUCGAUUUACCCUUCGUGGAUGCUAGUCUCAAGUACAGACCCAGCAGAAGUUUGGCUGAUUUGGAUAUCGAAUUCAAAGGAAACGAAGUUGCGACCAGUCAAGCUAGAGGAAUGUUAAAGAAGAAGCUGCUGUUGCCAUUCCUGUUGUUGUUGAAACUAAAAUUGAAGGCUUUGAUGCCUAUCUUCGUUGCUAUCAUUGGUUUGAAAGCAUUGAAGGCUCUAGUGCUCUCGAAACUCGCGAUCCUCUUAGUCGUUGGAUUCAUCGCUGUGCAGUUCUUUAAGAAGGGUGGAAUGAUGAUGCCAAUGGGAAUGUCGAUGGAACCAGCUGCGUCACCGGCGUACGGAGCUCCACCUAUGCCCUCGACCACGUCGAGCUACGAUCCAGCGAACACAUGGGACGGAAAUGGACCGUAUUCCCGCGUCUGGACGCCGACCAACGGUGUGGAAGCUCAGAAUCUCGCAUACUCCUAUUACUCGCCAGGCAGCGGACUCGCCAGGAAUUCGUAUUCUUCUUCCUCGUCCUCCUCGGCCUCCUCGUCGUCGAUCAAUUCCGGUAGCUCAUCAGGAAACUAUUAGAUCGCGGUUACAAAAAUGCGUCGAUUGCCAUCGGCGCCAUGAUUCAUUCUAUGAUUAACUCAUAUUCUUAACGACGGAUCGAUCGUACGAUCGAGAGACCAAAGAGACGCACGCCAAAUAACCACCAGAACCACAAUGGAUGAUCGUCGAUCGAUGCUAGUUUGUGCUAUACGACCGAUCGAUCGAAGAUUGUCGAUCAUUCUGCCACACAGAGCGGAAGAAAAGUUCUAUUAUCUCGUCGUGCGAACAAUCAAAUUAUUUAUGACUCUUUUGAGAUCAAAGUUGAUAAAUUAGAAAUUGAUAGUUUAGAGACGGGAGAAUGGAACAUUAGGACCGUUCGUUCAACAACACGUGUACGCGGUAAAAGGUAAUUGAUUCGGUAAGAAAUUGAUAGGAUAAAGAGACGAGCACCUGGCUCGAUUGACGACGAGUCGAAGAGGUCGAAUUUCGAGACUGGCUUAAGAGUUUUUCAUUUUUUAACAAUCGCCAGGACGUUGUUGUAUUUUAUUUAUUACUCGCGCGACACGAUUAUUUAUUAUCCCCUCGCAUUUGUUAAUAAAGACAUGUGAAUAACAAAGUAUGAUUUCCUAUUUUUUACACACUUUUCCUUAGCGAAUAAUUGUAUUCAUUGAAAUUUUGUUCCAAGAAAAGGAUUAAUAAAAUUUCGUGUAUGUGACGUGCAGACAAAUGUGCUUUCUCCUUUAAUUAAAGUUAAAUAAUUCUGAUCGCGUAGGGAGUAUAAGCGCCAGAAAGUGCCAUACUCCAUAAAUUACUGUAAGGCAGGUAAUCUUAAAAGACAUACGUUCUUCCCAGUCUUUGUCAUUUUUAAUAAAUUUUUCCCAAAUUGAUAUGAAUAAACAUUUUUAUUUGUUAAAGUCUGGUGAAGGAGAUACAAAAAACACAGUAUGAAUAUUGGAAUAACAAAUACUUAUAAACAUUAACGAGAUAAAACCGAAAGUUUUCACGAAAAAAAUUAUUCGAUUUCAUAUAAAAAAGAAAUAGUUGAUUAUAAUUUCCAAAUAUUAAUUAAUUUCGUAUCUUCAAACAGAGUGUGUAAAUCUACUGACCAGUACUAUGUACAUAGCUGCGUUUCGAAAUCAUAUAUACAGUGUAUUCGGCUACA